AAAGUAAUUUGCAGUUAAACAAUUUAAUUAUUGGAGUGAGAGUGAGAGAAGAAUGGCGCAUCGCUUAAUGCCUGCAGGUUCCCGAUUGCGAGGACUUUUCAAAUUAAAUCGAAAGCCAAAUUUCGAUAAAACGGGAACGGUGCGGCGUAGCAGUGUAUUUGUCGAACCUUCGGUACCAUGGUUGGAGAAACCAAGUAUUGUGUUCUCAAGCAGUGCUCUUAAACGUCACUGGGGGGCUCUGCCAGUUAUAAUUAUUUGUGCAAUAGGCUUGGGCUUAGAAAUUCUCGCAACAAUGCGCCUGGCGGUGACUCGUGAUGAUGUUUACUACACUAAGAACUCAGCGGCGUGUGAUUUUGUUGAGACACGGGUAGGAUAUAAGGUGCCACAACGCAAGUUCUUGGUAAUUAAUCAAAAAUAUGAGAAUCCACCGGGGCUACUGAACGCACUUCAGGGAGAUGUUAAGGGACCGUUUGGCACAAUGUGUAUAAAAAAACAAAAAGAAAAAGAAAAAAUUGGACUGAACCGAAAGGCACUCGUAGCUCAUACUCUUGUGGGUCUUGGUUUUCUUGGCCUAAUUUUUGCAGUUUAGCCAUAUUUCAUUCAGUGGGAGAGAAGCAUAAAAUUCAUAUAACCUUUGAAUAUCAAAAUUAUUUUCUGUGGAUACACUAAUUGCAGCUGACGAUGCAGGAGAUGAGAA